AUGAACUAUUUCAUCACUGUUCUCAUGAACGACCUCCUCACUGUUCUCAUGAACUAUUUCAACACUGUUCUCAUGAACGACCUCCUUACUGUUCUCAUGAACUAUUUCAACACUGUUCUCAUGAACGACCUCCUCACUGUUCUCAUGAACUAUUUCAUCACUGUUCUCAUGUAUGACCUCCUCACUGUUCUCAUGAACUAUUUCAACACUGUUCUCAUGUAUGACCUCCUCACUGUUCUCAUGAACUAUUUCAACACUGUUCUCAUGAACGACCUCCUUACUGUUCUCAUGAACUAUUUCAACACUGUUCUCAUGAACGACCUCCUCACUGUUCUCAUGAACUAUUUCAUCACUGUUCUCAUGAACGACCUCCUCACUGUUCUCAUGAACUAUUUCAUCACUGUUCUCAUGUAUGACCUCCUCACUGUUCUCAUGAACUAUUUCAUCACUGUUCUCAUGUAUGACCUCCUCACUGUUCUCAUGAACUAUUUCAACACUGUUCUCAUGUAUGACCUCCUCACUGUCUUUCAUAAGCGUUUCAAAGUCUCCUUUACUCAUUACUUCAAUCUCAUGCUGUUCACAGUAGUACUUAAACUCACUGUAUAUGUCUUUGUUGUAUGUUAUAUUGCUUCCCAUGUACUCCAUGAAUUUUUCAAGCACUUCCUCAUAAUUCACUGUUUCUUUCUUUCCACGACCUUCUAA